CGGGCCGGGGACGGAAGUUGCACCACAGUGCGACUACUUUCAGUUUUGUUUCUCUUGCAGGUAGUCGAGGGCCGGCGGUAGCGGGAUUUCGGGGCUCCUCGGACCCUGCUGCGGGAGUCCAAGGCUCUGCCCUACCCACGGCUUUUGCAUGUUUACGUUUGGUGCGUGCUGUAAAGAGGACGGAGUGGAAGAAAGACAGCCUUCCCCCAGUACCCAGUGCCUCCUACAAGCCAGAAUCUCCCAGCCGUCCAGGAUGGUCUCCAAAGUCUCCUCCCCCACUCUGCUGGAGGCUCUGAGCAGCGAUUUCCUAGCCUGUAAAAUCUGCCUGGAGCAGUUACACUUGCCCAAGACGCUGCCAUGUCUACAUACCUAUUGCCAGGGCUGUCUGGCCCAACUGGACAUCGGUGGCCAGGUCCGCUGCCCUGAGUGUCGGGAGACUGUGCCUGUACCACCCGAGGGUGUGGCCGCCUUCAAGACCAACUUCUUCGUCAAUGGUCUCUUGGACCUUGUCAAGGCCAGGGCUUCUGGAGACGCGCAUUCGGGGAAGCCAACGUGCGCUCUGUGCCCUCUGGUGGGAGGUAAGAGCUCUGGGGGCCCCGCCACCGCCCGAUGCCUGGACUGUGCCGAUGACUUAUGCCAGGCCUGUGCCGACGGGCAUCGCUGCUCCCGCCAGACUCAUAAGCACCGCGUCGUGGACUUGGUGGGCUACAGAGCCGGGUGGUAUGAUGAAGAGGCUCGCGAGCGCCAGGCAUCCCAGUGCCCCCAGCACCCAGGGGAAGCCCUCUGCUUCCUGUGCCAGCCGUGUUCCCAGCUGCUCUGUAAGGACUGCCGUCUAGGGCCCCAUCUGGAUCACCCCUGCUUGCCCCUGGCGGAGGCAGUGCGGUCCCGGAAACCGGGCCUUGAGGAGUUAUUGGCAGGUGUGGACAGCAAUCUGGUGGAGCUAGAGGCCACCCGGGUAGCAGAAAAGGAAGCCUUAGCCCAGCUGCGAGAGCAGGCAGCCAGUGUGGGGGCGCAGGUAGAGGAGGCCGCUGAACGGAUCCUCAAGUCCCUGCUGACCCAGAAGCAGGAAGUCUUGGGACAACUCCGGGCUCAUGUGGAGGCUGCUGAGGAGGCUACCAGGGAGAGGCUGACCAAGAUAGAGGGCCAGGAGCAAGUGGCCAAGGCGGCUGCUGCCUUUGCCCGCCGAGUGCUCAGCUUGGGUCUGGAGGCCGAGAUCCUGUCGCUGGAGGGAGCCAUCACACAGCGCCUGCGCCAGCUUCAAGACGCUCCCUGGACACCCGGGCCUACCCGCUGCGUGCUGCCCAAGCUGGAGCUCUACCCUGGGCUCCAGGACAAGAACUGCCACCUGCUUCGACUCUCCUUUGAGGAGCCGAAACAAUCCCAGAAGGACUCUGAGAAGGGCGGAGCUGGUACCCAAGGAGGAGAUGACUCUCAGAGCCAAGGGGAGGAGAGAACCAAGACAGGGAAGCAGGCUGGCGCCCAGUCCUUGUGUAAGGAUGGAGCCCCAACUCCCAAAGAAGGCAAGGCCCAGAACUCCCAAGAAGAUGAUGAUGUCCAAGUCGAAAGGGGCAACAGGGCUAACAAGAAGAAGAAGUGCAAAGGGAGGGGCAAGCCCAUUUCUCGGGAGCCCAGCCCCAUCCUGAGGCCAAACCUAGAAGGUUCAGGCCUCCUCCCUCGGCCCGUUUUCUCCUGGAGUUUCCCCACGAGGAUGCCGGGAGACAAGCGUUCCCCGCGGAUCACCGGGCUCUGCCCCUACGGCCCACAGGAGAUCUUGGUGGCGGAUGAGCAGAACAGGGUCUUGAAACGCUUCUCUCUUAAUGGCGACUACAGGGGCACGGUGCCGGUUCCCGAGGGCUGCUCCCCGUGCAGUGUGGCUGCCCUGCAGAAUGCAGUGGCUUUCUCCGCCAAUGCCAGGCUCUACCUCGUCAGUCCUGAGGGAGAAGUUCAAUGGCGAAGAUCCCUGAGCCUCACCCAGUCCAGCCACGCUGUGGCCGCGAUGCCGUGUGGAGACCGCGUAGCCGUCAGUGUGGCGGGCCACGUGGAGGUGUACAAGAAGGAAGGCAGCCUGGCUACGCGGUUUAUCCCAGGAGGCAAGGCUAGCCGGAACCAGCGGGCCCUGGUGUUCCUGACCACCAGCCCUCAGGGCGAUUUCGUCGGGUCAGAUUGGCAGCAGAACAGUGUGGUUUUUUGUGAUGGGCUAGGCCAGGUGAUCUGGGAAUACAAGGGCCCGGGUUUACAUGGCUGCCAGCCAGGUUCUGUGUCUGUGGAUAAGAAAGGCUUCAUAUUCCUGACCCUUCGAGAGGUGAACAAGGUGGUGAUCCUGGAUCCCAAGGGGUCACUUCUCGGUGACUUCCUUACAGCUUAUCACGGCCUGGAAAAGCCCCGGGUGACCACCAUGGUAGACGGCAAAUACCUGGUGGUGUCCCUCAGUAACGGGACUAUCCAUGUGUUUAGGGUCAGGUUUCCUGACAGUUAGCGGGGCUUAGGGCUGGGAUGGGAGGGCAGCUGGGGAGGGAGGGCACCCAUGGGAUGAUGUAGCCAAGGCUGUUUUCCCAGCUGGCAAAAUGCUUGCCCCUUUUGUGAUGUAUGGGGAGAAGGGACCCCAAGAGGGGUGGUGGUGUGACCAUAACCUCAGGAGCUCGCAGCAGGUGCCAGAAGUCAACCCAACCGCUUCCUUUGGAGUGACUCCUGCCGCUGUGGCUCCGCUGUGUAGUUUAGGUGUCUUGAGAUUUAUAAGUGAUUCUUGAUCUAUAUUCUUCAAAACCAUUCCUGGGAUGGGGUCACAAAUCCUCUGUAGAGCACUUGCAGGGAAAUCACAAAUGAGGCUGGGGGCGUGGGUGUGGCUCCAUAGUAGAGUGCCUACCUAGAGUCUACCAAUGAGGAGUGGAGGCGUGGCUCAGUGGGAGAUCCCCUGCCUAGAAUCCCCCAGUGAGGGGCUGGGGUGUGACUCAGUGGUAGAGCCCCUGCCUAGGAUCCCCCAGUGAGAGGCUGGGGUGUGGCUCAGUGGGAGAUCCCCUGCCUAGGAUCCCCCAGUGAGGGGCUGGGGUGUGGCUCAGUGGUAGAGCCCCUGCCUAGAAUCCCCCAGUGAGGGGCUGGGGUGUGGCUCAGUGGGAGAGGACCUGUCUAGAAUCCCCCAGUGAGGGGCUGCGGUGUGGCUCAGUGGGAGAGCUCCUGCCUAGAAUCCCCCAGUGAGGGGCUGGGGUGUGGCUCAGUGGGAGAGGACCUGUCUAGCCUACAGGAAGUCCUGGUCAAUCCCUAUGUCUUCCCUCCUACCUGGGGGACAAAACAGAUGGAACAGAUGAAAGUGAGGCCUAGGGAGAUGGAUGACUUAUGUCGUUCUCCAAGCAAAGGACAGUCCAGUCUAUGUCAAGACAUGGUGGGCAUGGUGGAAAUGGGUGAAAACUGGCCAUUCUCACGGGGGUAUAUGAGGUCAGAAGAGGCCAGAGGUCUCAGAAUGGCGAUAACGAUGUCACGUUCUGCUGACCACCAUUAGGGAGAAGAGACUCCCUCAGUGAAGUAUAGGGUAGAUUUCAAAGUGUCAGAGGUCAGAGAGUGCAGGCAGAGGCCAUAGAUGUGAGAUUAAAGCCAGGUGUGCAUCGCAACACACCUGUAAUCCCAGCACUUGGGAAGCUGAGACAGGAGGAUCAUACGUUUGGGCUACAUUCAGAGACUGUAAAAAAGUUGGACUCUCCCAACUCUCAAGCACCAGGCUGUCCUGUGGACAGAGCCCCAUCUCUGGCCACAUGAUCAUCGGAUCGGCAAGGAUGUCCACUAUGAGAGGGAGUGACCCUUCCAGAUGGUCAGCAUCAACGCUUGAGGGGUCCUGUCUGGAGAGGAGCGCUUCGGCAGGGCUGUGACUCUGAGCAUCCUUGAGUGCUCCGCCGAGCCCACCGACUGCAUUGUCCUGCCUUUCAGUGCCCUCAAGCCAGACAUCUCCCGAGUUCUCAGACGCCAUCAGGGCCCUCAGAAACCGUGACGAUAAGAUCCGUGUGUUGCCAAGUAAGGCUCACUGGAUCGAGAUGCAGCACCUGAUGGGGUGGGUCUUGUGGUUGCUGGUGAAGCUCAUCGACACCCCCAAUGUGGUCCGAAGUCUACAUCAACUGGUUCCGGUCUGACGACCAGAAGCCCUUUGAGACAGGAAAGCAGAAUCCUCUCCAAGGUAACUGCUCUGCCCUGAAAUGCCACCCUCAGGAUGCCCAGGACUUGGUGAGUGGCCAGGCUGGCCGAGGUCCGUCCCUGUAUCAUCCAUCCCCUCAUGAAGGAGAAGUGUCAGAAGAUGGUGAGGGGACAUCAGAGCCUUCCUGCCCCGGGCCUUCGGGAGAUGCGGGGACUAACAGACCCAGGACUUCAGCAGGUUUCAGGCCUUGGAGCCUGAGAUGCCGGACACUGUGGACGACGUGCUGGCCAGUGACGGGGGUCUGGAGGACUCCCUGACAGACACCCUGGCAGGCGGUGCAGGGUGGCACUCUUUGGGCAUGGCUAGAGCAGGAGUGUGAAGGGUGCUGAGUUGGUACCUGGCAAGCACAGGACUAUCUUCAAGAUCUACACACACACACACCCCAGCCCUUCUCCUGCCAUCAGCUGCAAGAUCACAGGCACCGUCAGGAAGAAAGAUGCAUUCCAUCUUGCCUAACAACAGGGAACAACUGGAGGAUCACAAGUCACCCACUGAGCUGCCCCACACCUCACCUCACCUCACAAGCAGAGGCACAAAUGACCCCUCAGACAGCUGUCACCUCCCUCCCACCAUCUCUGCACCUGCUCAGGUGAGCCGGGGGCCUGGGAGACAUAGAUUAAGGGAGGAACGUUGUUGUCUCCAUAUCCCAAGGUCCAUAAAGACUCAGCCAUGUUUCCUUAGCUCUCGAGUAAGAGAAACACCAUACUUCUUUUAUUAUGGGGCUCAGUGGGGAACCAGUAGCGAUGCUUGGAUGCAAACAGUGGAGUUUUAUACAUAAAAAAUAUGGGUAUCUUUGAUAUAUAAUAUUAGAGGUGAAAAACACAGUCUAGUCAAUCAGCAGUGGUAUUUAAAUAGGAAUUGAGAUCUCUGUAAUCUAACGCCUUUCUUAUGCUUUCCAUAUGCUUCCUGGGAUCUUAUUUAUUUACUGCUUUUCCUUAGCUUUCUUGGUAAAAUUCCUUUACGGAAAUGUUAGCGAAGUGAGGUUUACUGCGACGGACGGGAGAGGUGAGGAGGACACCAUUGAAGCCUAACGGCCGGCUGGCAUGGGAUUGGAGUGCCGAUGGAGGGGGGCUGAGAUGCAGGGGUGUAAAAAUCUAGAGAUGAUACAGCCGAAGGUAGCAGCAGCCACCACCGUCCUUUUGACCUGUGCUUGCAGCUUUAGGGCGGAGAUGGUGGAGGACUCUGUGGGGGGCUUGUUUAGCUGGGAGCUGUGGGGAACCGAUGCUGGAGAGAAACUUAACGUGAGGGCAGUGACACGGUGUUUGCGGGAUCCACGGGGCUUGGGAACCAGCCCAGAUGGGAAGUUUAGGGGUGGAGAAAGGACUCUUUUUCUGGGGGGCGUGUUUCCGGUUUGAAGAAACCAGGGCAGGAACUCAGCAAUGUCCAGGUCAGCUUUGAAUACACAUAGAUUUCCAAAGCCUGCCAUGGUGGUGCAGGCCUGUAAUGCCAGGGCUCAGGAGGGGGAGCAGAACUGUGAGUGGGAGGCCAGCCUAGGCUCCAGAGACCCUCGCCAACAAAGGCAGGCGGGGCCAUAGGUUCAGUUGGUAGAGAGCCUGCCUAACAUACGCGAAGCCCUGGUUUGGUCCCUAGCACGGAACAGAAACACGUAUAGUACAUACCUGCAAUCCUAGCGAUAGAAUGGAGGCAGGGGAGUCAGAAGUUCAUACACACCAAAGCAUAAAGGAAGAUGUGGAAGCCAGUAAGAUUACAAAACAACAUGGACUUUUGAUUUGAUAAGGAAAAGCUGAAUCGUUAAUGUACCCAGUUUAAAAAAAAAAAAAAAAGACCUGUUUCCUGUUUGGACAAAGAACGAACUAGUUCACGCACCCAGGGGAAGCAUCUACGAGCAAGGACUAGUAAAAUGAAUAAAACCAAAUUAAACCACUGGCAUGAGCCAGCGAUGAGGUUAGGACGUGUUCUGGAGAGACACAGUGACUCCUGGCACUGUAAAACAGUGCUUCCUGGAGAGACAUUUGGCAAUAGUUGCCCCGUUUUUGUUUUUUUCUUCUUGAAUGAUUGUAAAACUACACUAAUCUCAGCCUGUCUGGAAUCCGGCAGGGACUGAGGGUUGGAGGGUCGGCCCAGACUUCCCCAGCGGGUGGCUCCGUUCCAUCCGUAGCCCUGGGGGGAAAUGUCAUGCCACUUUGGGGAAUACAUUCUGGAAAAUAAUUCAGUCGUAGAAAAAUAUUUGCAAAGACCUUUACAGCUGCCUGCAUUUACUGUCAUUACCUGGAAACUGCUUUGUGGUGAGGGAGGGCUGAGUAGAUUGUGGUCUGUAUCAUGGAUCGCAGCCAUGAGAAGUCUUUGAAAGGAAUGGUAUGUGAUACAGUCCUAAGGGGAGGGAAGAGAGUGAGGGCGUGGCUGGGGAGACGGCUCCGUGGGUAAGAACGCUUGCCACACAAGCACGAGGACCUGAGUUCGGAUCCCCAGCACGCAUAUAGAAAGCCAGGUAUGGCCACAUGUCCCAGAGCUAUCAGGGUAGAGGGACAGAGGCAGGGGCUUGGCUGCUGCCGGGCUAGCUCCAGGUUCUCGAAGUUAUAGGUGGGGAGUAACAGAGAGGGAUGCUUGGUGUUUCCUAGACCCUGUGCGUGCAUGCACCUUGAUUGAUUGGGGCAUUCUGAUUGCAGCGGGUCAGCAGCAGGUGCCAAGCCGGCAACGGAUCCCUACUCUGUAAAUAGCCAAUGAUCUCGGCGGUUACGUCUUUUUGAGUUAUUUUGAACUGGUACACCUGCAUAUUUCUAUUUCAGUUAGUAUUAUAUGAUUGAAUACUUCAAGAAAAUAUACUUCCAUAAAUAAUAUUUAAGAAGAACUUAAUCCGGGCCAGAUGUGGUAGUGCACUCCGGUAACUCUCGCGCUUAGGACGAGGCCGGAGGUUUGUUAUUUUGUGGCCGGGUGGUCCCCACAGCUUGACAGGGUGGCUAUGAAGUUCCUUUUGGGAAGUCUUGCUGAGUUCUCCCGGCCAAUCCUGACCGAAUGCUGGGGCUACAGAACGAAGUGAGAUUGGAGGAGUUGUGUGAAGGCCCGGAGAGUGUGUGUGUGUUGUCCUGAGAUAGCGGGAUAGCCAACGCAAGUCUCAAUAACCGUCUGUGAAGUGAGUUAACGUGUAGAGAGGGGAUCAGACUUUUCUGACACCAAGGUUUCUGUAUGUCAGACUGCAGAAAUCUUGGCUGAUGGGAAGUCUCCAGUAGGGGGCACUGUUGCACCUCCUAAGGCAAGACUUCAAAAAUAGAGGACUGGGGUUGUCCGGUUUGUUAGGAGAGGGAAGAGCGAGGGAGGGACGAGAGAGAAUGUUCCACCUCUUUUAGGAGAAGGAGGAGUGAGGGAGGGGCUCCUGUGCCGUUUUGAGUAGCGCAGCGCUGCAGAGGUGCGCGGGAACCUGGAGCAGGAGGCUAAUUCAGAAACGAACCCGGCCUGGUAGUGCAGGCUGCCGUCCCAGCAAGCAGGGAGGCUGAGGCUGAAGGAUAGCCGAUUGAAGUCCUGCCUCGGUCACUUGGCAAGACCAUGUUUCAGAAUAAAAAGUAAAAAAAGGACUUGGGCUGGAGCUCGGGAAUAGAAAGCUUGCCUAGAAUCCCCCAGUGAGGGGCUGGGGUGUGGCUCAGUGGUAGAGGUUUGUCUAGAAUCCCCCAGUGAGGGGCUGGGGUGUGGCUCAGUGGUAGAGGUUUGUCUAGAAUGCAUGUGGUCCUGGAUUCAAUGCCCAGUAGCAGGAGAAGGGAGAGGCAGCCUGGUUCUGAAAGAGAAUCCCACAAAUGCUCAAGAGACAGAACCAAAGGCUUCUCUGGGACCUCGGAAGUUGAAGGGAAAUGCUAAACUCAUAAACAGGUAGGGGUGGGAGGCACCCACACUAGGAUCUGGCGGGUGGUGAGAGGGAUGGCCUUGAGCAUCACCUGGAAGUUGAAAUCCACACCUUAACUGACCUGGGCAUCCUAGCCCAUCCCACCCAGACUCAGAAUUGUUCUUUGUGUUUAAUCAAUACCUUAACCGCGUAGCAACAACUUGAUCAGUUAUUCUUUUCCUGAUUGGAACGGUCCAGGUUGUAUAUGGAUUGGGGACAAGUGGAUGUUGUUUGAGGAAGGGAGACAAGGCAACAGAAAAACUGUUAUAUUCAUAUGACUCUGCAGUCCUUCACCAGAGUAGGACCGAAUGGGAGAAUUGUGACAUGCGGGCCCAAGAGCUGGGCGUGAUGGCACAGACCUUAACCCCAACGCUGGGAAGGCGGAAACAUGCCAGCCUGAGCUACAGGUGAGACUUGGUCUCAAAAUAAGGGCUGGAGAGGUAGCUCAGUGGUUAAGAGCGCUUGCCGCUCUCACAGACUACCUGGGUUCAAUUCCCAGCACCCAGAUCAGGUGGCUUACAACAGCCUUUAACUCCAGCUCCAGGAGAUCUAGUGCCAUCUUCUGGCCUCCAAGGACACCUGCACUUACAUACACACAGCCACACACAUAGAUAUUAAAUAUAAAUGUUUAGGAAAAUAAUGUACCUAAGGAAGUCUGGCUAAGGGGGCUGGAGAGAUGGCUCAGAGGUUAAGAGCACUGGCUGCUCUCCCAGAGAUCCUGAGUUCAAUUCCCAGCAACCACAUGGUGGCUCACAACCAUCUGUAAUGAGGUCUGGCGCCAUCCUCUGGCGUGCAGGCAUACAUCAAGGCGUAUGUUGUAUACAUAAUAAAUAAAUCUAAAAAAAAAAAAAAGAAAGUCUGG